AUCACUAGAUUUUGUGUAUGCCAUCGAAGCGGCAAAGCGGAAAAAGUGAAGUGCAAAAAGUUUAGCAAGCAUAAAGCAGAACAAAACCAUGUCGGACUACAGAUCUCAAUCGCGCAGCGGCGGAGGACGUGGCGGCCGCGAGGAGUACUCCAACGACGACGAUCCGCCGAUGUCGCGGCUGUUUAUCAUUUGCAACAAGGCCCACACGGAGGAGGACUUCCGCGAGGCCUUCUCGCCGUACGGCGAAAUCGAGGACAUUUGGGUGGUGAAGGACAAGCACACGCAGGAGAACAAGGGAAUCGCCUACGUCAAAUUCUCCAAGACCUCUGAUGCGGCCAAGGCGCAGGAGGAGAUGAACGGCAAGACCAUUGGCAACUUGGACCGAACCCUUAAAGUCCUGGUGGCGGCCAACCGCAAUCAGGGCUCGAAUAAGUCUGAAAACGAGCAGGAAAAGUACGUAAGACUGUUCAUUGUGAUCCCCAAAACGGCCACCGAGGAGGACAUCCGCGAAGAGUUCUCGCAGUGGGGCGAAGUGGAGACCGUCACCAUUGUCAAGGAGAAAAAUAAUGGCAAUCCCAAGGGCUUCGGCUAUGUCCGCUUCACCAAGUUCUACUAUGCAGCUGUGGCCUUUGAGAACUGCUCGGCCAAGUAUAAGGCUGUGUUCGCCGAACCGAAGGGUUCUACUCGCACACAGAGGGACCAGUACGGUCGUCCCUCCGACGAUAAUCCCUUGUACAGCGGCUCGGGACGUGGCAAUUCCAAUUUCAAUGGAGGUAGUGGACGGGAUGGCGGGAACAACGGCAGCUACAACAACGACUGGAAUGUGUCGCAGAACAACGACAUGUCGGCCUUCCUGCGCAUGCAGAAUGUCCCUGUGGCCCAGCCCUCCUGCCUUGAGGUGAACGUCAGUAACUGCGUCAAUCAGGAUCAGCUGUGGCGACUCUUCGAUAUCAUUCCCGGCUUAGAUUACUGCCAAAUCAUGAGGGAGCAUGGACCGCGCACCAAUGAAGCCUUAGUAGUGUACGACAACCCAGAAGCUGCUAUUUAUGCCAAGGAUAAACUUCAUGGCCUGGAAUAUCCCAUGGGAGAGCGCAUCAUCGUCAAAGUGAAUGGAAUGAGCUCGGCUCGAAUGGACACAUCCUUUAUAGACAAGCGCACCAAAAAGGAUGCCAUCUGCAAUGUGCCCUUGCCCCCAACUCAGCCACUGGCCUCGCCCGACGCCCAGGUGGCCCAGCGCCUGUUUAUUGUGCUUUCAGCGAAUUUACCGCAUUCGAUCUUGAAAAACAUAUUCUCUUGCUGGUCGGGACUGAUCGACGUCUAUCUGCUGCCGAACAAGAACUGCGGCUACGUCAAGUAUGCGGAGGCUGAGAGUGCCCAGUUGGCCAUUCACGCGCUGAAUGGCGCCGAAAUAUGCGGCACUAAAAUUAAGGUCAUGGAGGCGGAGGAGCGCAGUGGAUCCGAUGGCGAUGACGGUGGACGCAAACGCCUUAGGCGCAAUUGAGUACCCACUGACAACCAAGAACUUACAGAGAACGCAAUGUACGAGUACGUAACUAACUUGAGAAUACAGUCCGAUAAAAACAGUUGAACUGACCACCACCACCCACGCAACAACCAACCAAACAACCAAUAACCAAACAACAACAACAACAACCACCACAACAACACUCUCUUAACGGAAUGCCACAAGAACCACGAAGACUGGAGAACGCAGACCGGAAACGGAAAGGGAAACCGCGAACGGAGAACGCAGAACGGAGACGGGUGAACAAACAGCCAACGAAUUCACCACACCCGUUGACUACCAUUGACUAACUCAAGGGGCUCUCGUACAGAGCACUCGUAGAAAGACUCUCACGACCUUUAAAACGGAUCCAACGAAACCGCAAUGCUUGCUCUUAACAUAUAUACCAAAUGUCGUAUAUGUGUACAAACAUAACGCUUGGGGGACUUUUGAAUCUACCCGUAAUACAGAAACGAACUCUGUAUAACAUGAACUAUUACUAACGUAUUCCGACGAGAUCCAGCAAAGCAAUGAAUUCAAACAUAAUGAAUUUCCCCAGAGUAUUGACUCUAUCUCGUAAGCUCACGAUUUAGCCGUGCGUAACAUAUAUUUCUUUUCAUAUAUUAGAUGUAACUGAUAUUCUACUGUAUAAGCCACAUAAAUAAAUAAUAAAUAAUAGUGGAAAAAGUAAAGAUAA